AUGGUAAUUUCUCAAGAAGCCUUCUCUGCUCUCCAGGAACAAGUACAGACACUACAGGCAGUCUUCCAGAAGCAGCAAGAACAGAUACACCAACAGGGGGAAAAAAUCAUCGAUCUCGAGAAGCGUGUUCAAGAAGUUGAAGCGGAAAAUGUGGAGCUGAAACAACACUCCGAAACGCAUAUUCUAGAAGAUAAGGAGGAAAACCAGGAGCUAAAGCGUCAAAGCAAAUUUCGCAAGACAAGUCUACAGAAAAGAGCUUCAGGCAAUGGAGCAGCAAUUCAUAACAUUGGUUUCACUGCCUCCUUGUCAACAGUAACUGCCCUUGGUGAUGGCCAAAUUAUAGUGUUCGACACUAUUAUUUCCAACGAUGGCAAUGGCUAUGACUCGAGACAUGGUCACUUCACCGCUCCAAUAACUGGUCUUUAUGCUUUCUCCGUAACUGUUAUGUGUUAUGGAAACGAGUCGGAGCUUCACGUCAAUAUCCUUAAAGACGGUCAGAACAUAGGUGUAGCCUUCGCAAACGGCAAUCAUUAUGAUAACGGGAGCAAGCUUGUGGUUGUGCAGCUUCAGGCCGGACAGAUGGUUUGGGUGCAACAUGCGAUUGACCCGUCUGGAUACAAGAUACAUGUUUCAGGCAAUGGAGCAGGAUUUCAUAACAUUGGUUUCACUGCCUCCUUGUCAACAGUAACUGCCCUUGGCAAUGGCCAAAUUAUAGUGUUCGACACUAUUAUUUCCAACGAUGGCAAUGGCUAUGACUCGAGAUAUGGUCACUUCACCGCUCCAAUAACUGGUCUUUAUGCUUUCUCCGUAACUGUUAUGUGUUAUGGAAGCGAGUCGGAGCUUCACGUCAAUAUUCUUAAAGAUGGUCAGAACAUCGGUGUAGCCUUCGCAAACGGCAAUCAUUAUGAUAACGGGAGCAAGUUUGUGGUUGUGCAGCUUCAGGCCGGACAGGUGGUUUGGGUGGAACACGCGAAUGAACCGUCUGGAUACAAGAUACAUGGUCAAGGGUACAGUUCCUUCUCCGGGUUUCUCAUACAAUCUUAUUAA